AUGUCCUCCGACAUUCCUCCCUUCGCCAAACCCCUGGCUCCGUACAUCCACUCCCGCCAAGACGCCCUCCGCAUCCGCCAGGCCUUGACGUCUUACCUCCGAUCGCUCGUCAUUUUUGUCCCCCACGCGGAACCAUCCGCCCACCACGCUCACUCCCAUCUGUCAUUGUGCGCGCCGAUCGACGCCGUCGCCGAGGUCAAACGGGUGCCCGCCGAUAUCUCAGGCCUAAGAAAAGAUUACCUCCAGGCACUGCAGGCCAACGUUGCCGCACGCAAGGAAUGGAGCUCCGCGUCCGAGGAGGUUGCCUCUCGUCGACGGCGCCAACGCACCCCCAAGAUCCAUGACGAGGAUGAUCUGCAGGGCCCCGGGGCCGAGCUGCGCGAUUAUCUGACACUGCUCCGCGAUCGACGCCGUCAUGCGAAAAUGCGGGUGUUUCAGCAUUAUCUCGAUGAACUGCAGGCGCGGGAGGCCGUCGACGUGGACGCCAUGGGGGCAGCGGUGGAUCCCAGCCACCUGCCAGUAGAUGCAGAGGAAUCUGGUCGUGGUGGUGAUAGCACGGAUCUAGAUGCACGUGUACAUCAUCUGGAGAGAGCUGUCGUGCGCGCAAAGACCCAGCUCGAUCGGGAGAAGCAGUUAUUCAAGAAAAUCAAGGCGCGACACGACGCUUCAAAUGACAAACCCACGCCUGCGGUCAAAGUCCGUGCACUCCAACGAACGCGAGAUGAAUUGGUACAGUGGGUGGAAGAACGCCUAGUCAGCGAAGGCGAUCCAAACGACAGCAUACUCCAGGAGCUACCACCCGAGGAACUCGAGGAGGCUCAGCGCGUGCUGGAAGACCGCAAGAUGCAGAUUGCACAGCAAUAUGCCUCGUACCUACAAGCUCGGCGAGAACUGCUGGACGCCGCCGCCAGAGCGUGCCAGCCCGUUAAUCCCCCCGCAAAGGCUCCCUCUCCAUCAGUCCCGAAAAGUGACCUCCUAGCGGAGGAAACUCCUCCACCAAACCCAGUGGAUGUUCUGUCCUACGCAAACGAAACCCUCCUCCCUCUAUCCAAAAGUCAAAAGGCACUCGCGCUCCAGAAAUCCUACUUAUCUGGGCUCCUCAGCAAGGAAAAGUCCACCACCCUCCGAGCCCUCAACCGUCUCAGAGACGAGAGCCACCUACUACCGGAAUAUCCGAUUCUGGCUCGCCAGCCACGCUUCAAGCACGCCGUUGCAGCCCUCAAUUCUCGCAGCCCGCCUCAUGCUUCUCCAAACGGCGAAACGGACGAGACCGUCGCGCUCGCCGAGGCAUGGGCAUUUGCCUCUGAAGCUGCAUCUGCCAGCGAGCGGGAAUACACCCAACAGAAAGUGGCAUUGGGGAAGGAGGUGGCGCAGGAUGCGCGCAAGACGCUGGCGGAGGUCUACGGCAUGCUCAACCAGGACCUCGACGAGGUGUUGCGCGAGGAUGAACGAACUGAGCCGGAGGGGUCUGAUAUUUGGGCCUCACAGGCGCAGCAGUCGUCUCGGGGCAGAGGCAGUGGGGGCAGGGCUGAGAAGAGACCCAAGGGGCCGUGGACUGGACUGAAUGGGAGGGUGGGGUUAGAGUAG